AGUAGUGUUGUACAUGCAAUGCUCAACUUUUCAUUCAUUCAUUUCUACAAAUUAUAGGAUAGAGAAGAAGUAUGACGAAAAAACGUCAAAAUACAGAAAAAGGCGGUCCAACAACUCCGGCCAAGGUUGCGAAAAAGGAUCCGCUGGAAUUCAAUGGCACUGUUUUUAAAACAAUGCUGAAGGAGCCUACAACUGUCAUGAAAGGGCUGGACACUUUCAUAAAAGCUGCACAGAAGUUACCGUGUGCCGACCUUUACGAUGUUGUUGAAGGAUACAUUAAAAUUUCCGCUGAAUGUACCGAAAUCCUGAAGCUGCUGGAGGAAGAAAAUAAAGUUGAGAGCAAAAUGCUGCUGGUGCUCCACAGUCUGGAGGUCAUCUUGUUGCGCAUCGCGAGCGACCUCUCCCACUUCUCCAUGGUGGGCACCUCCAUCGUCAAAAAGAUUGCAUCCACUCACAUGAAAACACUGCAGUCCUUCUUGCAUUCGGAGAACUCAAAGUUUGUCCGUCAGUGUCUGACGUUCCUGGCUGCUAUGGUCUCUCAGAGUGCCGACUCGGCCAGAGAUGUCUUCAGCCAGAUGCAUUUCGGCAAACCGCUGUCCGCGCUGGCACAGAGAAGAGAUAAAAUGGGAAGACCUGAUGUUCGCCAAGCAUAUAUCCAGUUUGCCAUUUCAUUACUGCUGUCAGGAGACAACUCCACUAUCGCACAGCUGCUUGAAACAAAAGACUUUCUCCAGGACAUCUUAAAUUCUGGCAUCAAAGAAGAUAGGAUUUCUAUUGUCAAUCUCAUCUUGGCAACUCUACAGUCAAAGGUGGUGCAGAACAAGGCGAUUAGUAAGACCCAGAAGGUGCGUUUCUUCACCCCUGCCCUCCUCGCCCACCUCGCCUCCUUGUACCGAUGGAAUGGCAUUGUGGACUCUGAUGUUGAAAACCAUGAGGCGGGGAAGGUGGCCGUGCGGGAGCAAGUGCACAGCUUCCUGCUGGACCUGUGCUGCUCACGCAAACAUGGCAUCAGCUUCCACGACCCCAGCUUUGGCACUUCCGGACGGGCUGGUAACAUAGUGCUGCUUCAGUUCCUGGUGAGCCUGAAGGACUGCACUAAGGACGAUCUGAUCACAGAGCUGGUGGUGAGCACACUGAAGAGCAGUCCUGACGUGCUGACCAGGUACCUCAAGGAGAGCCAGCACUCCUUCAUACCGAGAGCCAAGAGCACCUGGCAGGACAACAUCAGCCUCCUCAAGAAGAUAUACGAGGCACAGCCAGAGGUGUCGAAAGCCUUCGGAACGCGGGAGUUCAUCCCUCUCCCUCGCCUCCUUUCCAUGGUGAUGGUGUCCUCGCUGCCCUCCGUCUGCAAUAAAGCUUUCUUCACUCAGGGCCUCAACUGCAAAAACACAGUUGUUCAGCACACCACGCUGUCCAUGGCGUCGUUCAUCCUGAAGAGGGCGCUAAAGAACAUAGAGCACUGCCAGGACAAGAGUGUUUGGCAGUGCUCAGACACAUACACACCUGCCAUGAUGGAAGAGUUUGUGCAGCUUUACAGGGAAGACCUGAGCAAGGUUUUGCCAGAUAUGACCAGCAUUGUAUACCAGUGGCAGUUGCUAACCAAAAAGGACAAGAGUGAAGGAGACGGUGAGGCAGGGAAGACAAAGGAGCAGACCCAGGAAUCAGAAGAAACAGAAAGUCACGGUGUAGAUGAGACGCAGGUGAUCCUCCUGAAGGCUGUGAUUCUGCAGGUGAUGUGCCUCUACCAGAAGGCCGUCCCUCACCUGGUCACGCAGAGCCGCUUCGACUUCAGCAAACUCCUCAAAGGCAUCUUCUCGGAAAAGGGCAUGAAGGAAGGGGUUCCUCCCAUUCUACAGUACCAGAUCUUGCAGCUGGCCCUAGAACUUCCUGCAAGCAAGUUCUCAUGGUUCCGUGUCCAGGACACGUCAUCUUUCGAAUCUGCUGGUGGCGAGAAGUCAGUCUUUUAUUUGCUUCUCAAGAUGUUUGCCAGCAGCAACACAAGCCAUCUCAAAACCUCCACCAGGAUGCUAGUCCUCAAGGUGUUGAAGGACAGUGGUGUGUUUGAACAUACAUGGCGAGAGCUGGAGCUGUGGUUGGACCAUGUGGCCAGUCUGGAGCCAGCCAAUCAGGAACCAGUCAUCCAGCUACUGGAUAAGGUUCUGGUGAAGUUGCUGUGUAACCCCCACACCUAUUCAGAUAAGGCGGCCACCCUGGUGCAGGAGGCGGCCUACCUGCAGGCCAACCUGACAGGGCAGGACGCAGACGCCGUCAGCAUCCCCAUCUCCCAUAUUGACGAUGUGCUGGACAUGGUUGACGUCAUUAUGGAGGGCAGUGAGGGAGAGAUCGAGCAGCUGGGGCCGGCGCUGACUGAUGACCUCAUCAUGCAGAGUUUCCCCUUCAGUGCCAUCGUGCCCGCUAUUCUUGAGGCCCGCAAUGAACUCCCGCCAUCCUACAAAGAGGAAAAAGGUGUGGUGUAUGAGUACCUGUCUGCGGUGCUGUGUGACGUCCUGCACUGCCAGAGAGACCCUCUGGCCCUCUGCCUGACGCUGCAGCAGUAUGAUAAGGAGCUCCACUCGGCCACAGAGACCAAAGGACCGCCCCAUACCUCUGUAGUGCAAUUCCACCACUACUACUCAAAAUGGCUGCCCAAGCAGUCCCAGGAAUCACUGUUCGCGUCAGCAGAGGCAUUGAGCGCAUCAUCUCCAGUGGACCUAUGUGCAGUGCUGAGGGCGGCCUACUGUGAAGGCCCCUCUGCCCUGCUGCAGGAGUCCCUCGGGCCCCGUGUGGAGGGGUCCCUAUCCUCCCUAGAGCUCCACCGCUUCCCCACCGUCGCCUGCCAACUGCUCCUCUACAUCAGGACCACCGUGGACAACCUCAGCAUGCUUCCUAAGGGUGUGGGCGUGUCAGUGGUGGCCAGUCUGAUGGAGGUGCUGCAGGCAGUGGUGCAAAAGCUGCAGAACUCGGAGACGGAGGGCAUGGGGGAGGGGCCUAAAGCAGAGGAGGAGGGGCCUAAGACAGAGGAGGGGGAGGAGCUCUUCCUGGAGGUUGGCGCUGCAGGGAAGGACAACAAAGAUGAGGUGCUUCUGGCUGUACUGAAGUCCAUCUACCAGCACCCGUGUCUGGAGCAGUGGUUCCUGGCCCUGGAGUUGGCCUCCUUGCCCGCUCACUCCCUCAACCCUGUGCAGCUGAAGCGUCUCUGUGGCCAGCUCAGCAGCUCCAUCUUGUGUCUGCUCCAGGCCACUGCAGACGCCGCGAGCCGGCUAGGGGCAUCACUCCACCUCCUGUCAGGUUACCUCUCGGUCGUGCAGCGGGCAUUGCUGAAGGAGCUGGAUGAUGUGGUGGAGAAGGGAGGUGAGGGCAAACGACACACGAAGGAAUCGCUGGCACUGAAAGCCCUGCUGGCGUUGCAUAAACACAUGGACGUGACGGGCCUGAAAGAGGUCGUUUCUGCCCUGCUGCUGUUGCCCAAGGAGUACCUGGUGGUGGCGCCGACGGUGACGGUCACCGACGAUGAUUGUGACGUCACAAUGGGAGAUUCUUCUGCUGGGUCGUCGUCAUCAUCUCAGCUGAGCGUUUAUGGAGCCGCUGCGCUGCAGGUGUUGACGGACAGCCCGUCGCAGGACGGCGCCCUCUACCUAUCGCGAGCGCACCUGUGCGGCCUGGCUACGCUGCUCACGUCCUGCCGCAGCCAAUCCCUCCAGGAUUUCUUCCUCCUCGCGCUGACCUCUGACCCCGGAAGUGCUAAGCUGGUGCAGACGGACGUGUUGCUCUACUGUCUCCCAACAGGAAGUGAGGUGGGAUGUGAUGUCAGCGGUGGCGAUGGCUCCCCCUCUUCCUCUUCCGCCUCCAUGAGGGAGGUGGGGUCCCUGCUACUCCAGAACUGCUCCACCCAUAGGCUGUGCUUUGAGCUGUGGUGCCUGGAGAACAGGGAGAGGCUGGCACGGGAGGCGGCCGGCAGUACGAUGCUGCUCGGCCUGCUGGCUGCUUAUCUCAAGAUGGCUGCCAGAGAAGACCCCGCCAGACCCUCUGAAGUGUGUGUGUUGGUGCUGAGUGCCCUGAAGGAGGCGCUUUUGCAGCCCCUGUGGAGCGCCAUGCUGGCAGCCGAGGCUGGUGAGAUGCUCAGUCUGUUCACCAACGUCCUGUCCAGCCUCGUUACCUUGACAACCGCAUCUAGUGAUGUCCUCCCUCUGCUGCCUGGCCUAAGAUCCAUCCUCAGUAAACCACAUAGCUUUGAAAGAUGGCAGCUAGCAGAUGCUAUGGCUGCUAAAGUGGAGGAGAGCAGCAGCCCAGAGCAACUGGAGUCCUGGAGGAAGAGCCAGCUCAGUGCUGCCCUCCGCUGGCUGGUGGCCUGCUACAGCAGCUGCAAGGAGCAGGAGAAGGCAUCGCUGGACCAGGAGGAGGCCAUGCUGAAGAGACUGGAGACACUCCUGAAAGCUUCCCCUCAGCACGUCGCCGCCUCUGACUGGAAUAGCUUUGUGAAGUCAGGGUUAAAGUAUCGCUACAGACACCACAGCAUGCUGAGCACUCUGAGCAGCCUGCUGGAGCUGCUGUAUGGGGAGUGUGAGCCUCAUAAGGACCUGCUGCCCUUGGCUACCAUACACAUGAUGGCCAGCAGCCACUCCCUCUUCCUGCCUUCCAUGCUGGACACUGAAGAGGAGCAGAGUGGUAGUGGUGGUGGUGGACCUCAGACUAAAGAGGCCCUGACGUCUCUGUCCCUGGCCCUGGUGAAGAGGAGCCCCUCUGUGUGUGAGAUGAGGCACUUUGUGGUGCUGAUGGGGGCUUAUGGAGCCACACUGAGCACCGCAGACCAGAAGCUUCUCCUGCUGCUUCAGGAGUACGAGAAGAGUGACUGCAGCCUCGUCGACUUCCAGUCAAUGCUAUGGGGCCCCGCAGCAGUGGAGCACCAUAAGACCCGGCGAAGUAUGGGGCCGUCGCUAUGGCAACAGCCCAGUUCAGAGGAGGUGAUGGGGCUGCUCAACCCCACCAGGAUGCAGAACACCAUCGCACACUUCCCACAACAACGCAGACUCAUACCACAGGAAGGGAGGGAGUUGAUCUAUAAGGGAGAAGAGUCAGAUGGUCAUGAUGCUGAGCGUGACCAGAGCCUGUGUGAGCUGUAUGACCCCUGCUUCAUGCUGCCCCUCUUCAGCGCCCUGCUGCGGCCCGAGUCCGAGAUCGACUGUCUGAAGUUCGUGUCCAGCCACGGGUUGGGGCUCACCAUUGCCUCCCUCAGCAGCUAUGACCCCAAGAUCAGGGCGGCGGCCUACCAAGUACUGGGCUGCUUCUACCAGCAUCUUGAGGGGGCGCGGUUCAAAGGGAAGAGACAGCUGCUGUAUUUGCUGGACAUGGUGAGGAAUGGCAUCAAGCAGCAGAACCUGAGAGUGCCCUUCGUGAUGACCACCUAUGUGGCCAAAGUGGCCCAACAGAUGCUGAGACCUGAGGAACACAUGUACAUGGUGAUCAACAAGUUCCUGCUGGGUCAUCAGUACCUGGACCUCAAGCGCGUCCCUGAAUUCUUCAAACUCUUCUACAGCUAUGAUUUGGAGCAUAAAUCUGAGCGUGAGUGGAUGCUGGCUGUUCUGGAGGAGGGUGUUGCCGACCGCUACUGCUACGAGCUGUGUGACCAGCAGGGUCUCUACCACACCCUACUCGGAUUCUGCAGCAGCCCACUCUGUGAGGAGUCAACACAGAUUCUGAUCUUAAACGUCUUGAGGAAAACUGCCCGUGUGACUAAAGGAGCCUAUAACCUCACCAAAGCUCAUGGACUACUGACAUGGCUGCUGCAGCUGCUGGACAAGAGGUUUGUGAGUCCAAGGCUACUGAGUGUGGUUGUGGAGCUGGCCCACACCCUGUGGUUCACUAACCUGGGCCGCAAGGAAGGCAAGGCAGAGGACAGCAGCUCUACCCCAGAGGAGAAAGACAAGCCCCAGUCGUCCACCAAGUGCCUCCCCUUACCACUCAUCAACGACUUCCUAUGUGUGCUCCUCAGCGUCAUUAAACACCUCAGGACUGUGGGUAUGAAGGCCCCUCAGCUGAAACCUUUCCUGCGGACCCUGUCCUCUGUGUUGACGCACCAGGACUCAGCCAUGGCGGCCCAUGCUGAGGCGGGCUGGCUGACCCUGAAGCCACCGCUCCUGUCCGACACCGACGUGCUUCCCCUGCUCCACCGCUGGGCUGCACUGGCACAGGACACCGCUCUGAUCUCCACCAUGCUGGGCCUGGCAUCAACCUGCCAGCCACUCAAAGACCUUCUCGGGGUCGGAAGAGACAGAGUCCGAGGGUCCAAGGGCUCCUCGCAACAGCAGAGCUCCCGUUCCCGAGGUGGGGGGGAGGAGCAGGCGGAGGCCGAAGGUGGAGAGUCUGAGGAACGCGACCAGGGGCUGCUGGAGGACUGCAAAGCCCUCCUGAGGAACAUCUUCACCCACUGGGAGCCCAGGCCCCUCACACCAGCUGCUACCACCUCCGCUACACCACCUCUGUCAUCAGUUACGACAUCGUCUAAUACUGCACAACCCAGCCCUGCUACCACCUCCAUGGAGCCCCAGAGUAGCCCUGAUACAAGUGCUAUGGUGCCCCAAACCUGCCCUGAGGUGCCUCAGUCUGCCGGCGCUGAGACUGUGGAUUGCCCUUCUCACACCACGGCUGGUCUGCUCAUCAAAUGGUCACUCAGGACAUUGACCUCCUCCUCCACCGUAGCACCGUAUGACUGCAGCGACGUGCUCAACUUUACCAAAUGGCUCCACAAGGUGGUGCUACAGCACAGGGGCAUCAUAAGUGUUCUGAUGGCAGACGUGAGUGUGAAAGUGGACUUCCUGCGGCUCUACCACAGCACUGCGUGUGAGUGUGGAGGUCUAGUAGAGGGCGCCACUGCUGGUGGAGGAGGAGGAGGAGGAGGAGGAGGAAGAGUAGAGGCGCUGGGUCUGUUGACUGAGAUCAUGCUGCAUCUGCUGGAGGCCCAGGGCGUUCCCCAGGGAGCACUGCAUCAGACGGUGAUCACUACCUGCCUCACAGAGACCACGGAGGACCACACUAGAAGAGAGGCCGGACUGCUGCUGUUUUCCAUGUACAUCCAUGAGCUGUGGAGCGGGGUGCAAUCCGCCGACCUGUUCCUCAACCAUGUCAGACUGGUGACGUCCGAACAAGGUCAACUAGGAACGUCCAACUCUCCAUUAGUUAUCAUGUGCAGAGAGAUACUCACAGCCUCGCUGGAACCUAGUAUGCCAACAUGAUGCCUUUGUUAAAAAAAUGUAUAUUAAAUCAUGACCAAGUAGUAUUUCAAUUAUUGGAUUUUUUUUAUUUUGUAUGUUUGACUUUUUAUGUACUGCUUUUGUUUGAUUAUUUACAUAACAUAUAUUUUAUGUUUAUGUUCAUAAUUCAUAAUUUACAUAAACAUAUACACAACCACUGCCAUAUGUGUGUGACCUGAUUUUUUGUGUGUUGGUUUUUUAUAUUCGAGAAAGAAUGUGACCAGCAACAAUGUAAUUCUAACAUCCAAAAGAACAUUUGAUGAAUAACAAUAUGCAUUAGAACUUUCAUCAUACAGAUAUUGUCUCAGAGGUAACAUUUCUACAACUUGCAUUUUUUUAUAUUAAAUAAAAUGUACGGC